AUAGGCUGUGAGGCGCGUCCAUUACAAAUAACAGUAUUUAUCAACACUGGUAAUAAAUGAAUAUGGUAAAUAGUACCCUCCCUUUCUCGCAUCUCAUUAAGUGAGUCCCGUUGUAGCAGCUAUAGGUGAAGCUGCCUCUAUCUCUGCCAUACUGAAGCAGGUGUCCAACAUGGCGAACGCUCGCAGCGGCUCUCUCGCGACUAUUCUCUUUUUAUUCAUGUCUUCGGCGGCUCUUCACAAAGGUGAGUGUCAGUCAACAACGUGUGGAUUAUUUCAUUAUGUGAACUCCUGCUGUGUCCUUCUGCGUUGCCUUUUCCUUGCACGUCGUUGUAUGAUUCUGCCAUCAGGAGCUGCACAGGACCCAGUGGUGAGUCAGAACCUGGUGACAGACAACGUGACCGUGGUGGAGGGAGAGAUGGCGAUCAUCAGCUGCCGGGUGAAGAACAAUGACGACUCCGUUAUCCAGCUGCUCAACCCCAACAGACAGACAAUCUACUUCAGAGACAUGAGGCCACUGAAAGACUCUCGCUUUCAGCUCGUGAACUUCUCAGACAACGAGCUGCGGGUGUCACUGUCUAAUGUCUCGCUGUCAGACGAGGGUCGAUAUGUUUGCCAGCUGUACACAGACCCCCCGCAGGAGGCCUACGCUGAAAUCACAGUGCUAAUUCCUCCAGGUAACCCCAUCAUUGAGGCCCGGGAUGAGGUCCUGAGCGAGGGCAACGAGACAGAGAUGACCUGCACUGCCAUGAGCAGUAAGCCUGCUGCCAUCAUCAGAUGGAUGAAAGGAGAUAAAGAGCUUCCAGGCAAGCCCAAAGUUGAACUGACCUACGACAAGAUGUACACAGUAACCAGCCGACUGACGUUCACCGUUAGCAAAGAGGAUGACGGCGUACCUGUGAUCUGCAUCGUCGACCACCCUGCAGUCAAGGACUUCCAGGCACAGAAAUACCUGGAGGUGCAGUACAAACCAGAAGUUAAGAUCGUGGUAGAAUUUCCUCAGGGUCUGACCAGAGAAGGAGAGAACCUGGAACUGUCGUGUAAAUUCAGAGGCAAACCCGAGCCACAGCGGGUGAACUGGUUGAAGGUGGAUGAUGACGUACCUUCCCAUGCAGUUAUCACCGGCGCCGAUCUUUACAUUGAAAAUCUAAACAAGUCCUACAAUGGAACCUACCGUUGUGUGGCAUCCAACUCAAUUGGAGAGGCUUACGAUGACUACACCCUCUAUGUCUAUGAUGCUCCCACCACUACCCCUAAAUCCACCACAGCCACCACCACCACCACCAUCAUCACCACCACCAUCUCCUACCCCGAAAUAAAUCAAGACACUGCGCCCAGCACUGAACCUGCAGCUCAUGAUUCACGAGCCGGAGAAGGAGCACCCAGAACAGUGGACCAUGCAGUUAUCGGAGGAGUGGUGGCUGUGGUCGUGUUCGCUAUGCUCUGUCUACUCAUUGUCUUGGGACGCUACUUUGCAAGACACAAAGGUACCUACUUCACACAUGAAGCCAAAGGAGCAGACGACGCAGCGGAUGCAGAUACAGCCAUCAUCAAUGCCGAGGGUGGCCACACCAAUUCUGAUGAAAAGAAGGAGUACUACAUCUAAUCAGAACAGGACCCCUCACCUCCAAUGUCCUGCUUGGGACACUGAAGGGUUUUUUGGGACGGGGAGAGGGGGAAAAGGUGGGGGUUGACAGAGGGGUUGGAAUCGGUUCGGUGGAGGGGUAGAAGAGACACGGGAUUUUAAAGAAAGGCCUGGUUUUAAGCCGUUGUCUAGUCUAGUCUGCAGAUGUAGAUGGAAUGUUGUGUGUGUUUAAAAAAAGAAAAAAUCAAAAAAGGAUAAAAAAUGUUAGGGUCUGGGGUUUUCAGUAUACAGGGAUGGGUGGGAGGGUGUGCCAGAAAUCACUGUAGAGAGCUUCACCAUUCAACACCUCCCUAACUGCUGGUACAAAUUUUAUUUAGUUCAACCAUUUGCAGAAAAUUCUGUGCCUUGUUCGAAAUCUUUUGGUUCUACCCAUAUUUUGCAUUUGUGUUGAUCAUCGUUUGCAUAACCUCGUUGCUCCCCUUUUCCCGUUUCAUCUUCCCACCUCGUAAUUAUCAGUGUGCUGUUGGCUUUUGUAUGAGGGUAAAAUUACACAGCCACUUUAUUAAUGUCUCUUAAUGUGUCUGCACAAACGGAUCCUCUCCUGCAUAACAAAAACUCUUUCCAGUAUACUGUGAUUUGUCUCAAGCCAUUACUUUCUUCUCUUUCUCCCUGAAGUUUUGACAGCUCUAAAAAUGCAUGGAACGCUUUACAUAUCAUUGUACAAAGGACAUAAAAGAGAAACAGGUUUGUAGUACUGGACCACACACACGACACCACAGAAAGAAACACGACUAAAACAGAGGCACAGAGGCUAAUGUAAAAGGAUGUUCCCAUUUCAACAGGCCGGUUCAGUUUGAAAAUUCAUAUUUAAAAACCUCGGUUUUGUUUUUGCAGAGCAGAUAUACUUCUGUAUUACUGUCUUUUAAGGCAUUACAUUCCUUAGUGAAAAGAAGCAGUGCAUUAUUUUUUCCUCACUGCAUUGCCAUUUCAUUAUUUUUGAUUUCUUCCUCUGCUCUGUGUUAUUUUUCUUCUAUUUGCUGAAUGGAAGGUCUGUCUUCCCACCGGCUUUUAUUGAGUUGUAAUGUUGGUUUUCAAUUGAUUUCCAUCUGCUCUCACCCUAGAAUAUUUUUUAUUAUAAAUGAGAAAGUAAGAAAAUGUAAAUUGUCCUAAAAUUGUUUUGACACAUCCUCAGUCAAGAUGCCUCUGUAAUAAAAGACUGUUGGAAAAAAAUAUUUGGUGUUAAUAUUUGCCAAUCAGCAGCUGACAUUGCUGGUGUAGUGUACGCCAUACAACAAGUUUUCCAAGUAGAGAACCAGCCUUAAUAUAACUCCAAACUGAAGCCCAUUCAAAGUUAAGUUACAUCUAAUCGGUACAUAGCUACAUGAUACAUAGCAGUCAAGGUCCUCCCAUUAGCAGGUUCACGUUAUCUCAUUGACACACAGUCCAAUGUAAAUCAAGCCAAUGGCAUCACAACUGUAUUGUACACUAAUCCUUACUAAGAAAUAUUUUUUACAACUUACUAGAAUUACAAUGGAGUACCUUUGUGGAUUUUACUGUAUCACGUUCAUUGUCAGUUUUGUCAAACUGUAAAAUAUGGAAGUGUUAUGGAAAGUACAUGUCUUCGAAGUAGAGUGUUCUGAGAGACAAACCAUUCGCAGCCAUUCACCACCAUACACUAUAUGGACAAAGGUAUCUUUGAGUUCAGGUGUUUUGGGUCGCCACAGCUGUAGAAAAUCAAGCACCGAGCCGUGCGGUCUACUUUUACGAAUAUUUGUGACGGGAUGGGUUCUUCUAAGGAGCUCACUGAAUUCUAACGUGGUACUGUAACAAUGUGCCACCAGUGCAACAAGUCAGUUUGUGAAAUUUCUUCCCUUCUAGGUAUUCCACAUCUAGUCUAAGUGAAACCACAGGACCUUAGCCAUACAGUUAUAGAGCUCCAGCCCUCCUCUGGCAUUAACAUCAGCACAAAUCUGUGUGCCAGGAGCUUCAUGGCAUUAAGAAGCUCCUUUAGGUGUAAUGGAUAGGUGACCAAGUACUUUUGUCCAUGUAAUGUACGUAAUUUUGCUCAAAUUCAUUCAUUUUUGAACACCAAAAUAUUAAUUUUGCAUGUAUGCUCAUGCUAGAACCCGUUGUUUUUGCUUCUCUAUCAUGGUUUAUGUACAACCUGCCAAAAGCCAAUGAGAAUCUGUUUCGCUAUGUCAGUUUGGGAGCACUGAGGACACCAGAAGUAAUUAAUUGUUCAUAAGAUGACAUAUUACACACGUUGUGGUCCUUGGUGUUAAUCCAUGGUUUGCAUUAUUGCUCUGGCUUUUCAACAUGGCAAUGUGGGUUUACCAGUGACAUUGUUUCUCAUUAUUAUGUGUUCGCACAGCAAGCAACACGCUUAAUGAAUCCUUUCUCCAUGUGACAGCUGUGGGUGGAUAAAGCUGGAGGUUUCAGAUGCUGUGUACAAUUUCAAGAGUUUCUGUUGUGAUAUUACAUCACACUUCAAAGAUUUGUCAAAGUUAGCAUGUGCCCAACAUCAGCAGCAGCAGUUUUUUUUUUUUAAAGUGAAAUUGGUCUAAUGUUGAAAAACUAGUGUCAAGAGGACAAACUAAAUCAUAUUAUUCAAGGAAAAGGUGGCAGUUUGAUUUCUAGUGUUUAUUUACCAUCCACAUACUGUUAAUUUCAGCUCAAAAUCUGAAUUACUAAUGUUUGCUUGUUUAUUGAUAUACAUUAUUUGUUGUUGUUUAUUAAAUGGGACACCUGUGGAAUUGGAACAGUUAAGCUUUGCAUUAAAUCCAUUUUCAAGAAAUUUGAAAAGUAAUGGCAGUGCAUCGUAAGCGUAAGAUGAUGCUUGAUUUCUGAAUUACGCUUCUAAAUAAAAUGAAUGCAAUCUGUUUAAAAAUCUCAAAUCUUAAACCUGCUUUACCUUUCCCUUGUUUUGUAAUGAGAUGGAAAUGUGUUUCAAAAUGACUUUGAAACACUUUGGUCAGACUUUGCCCCCCUUUGCAAGUUGCUAACUGUUAAAAUUACUUUCUAAUUUUAAUAGGAAAAAAUGUUUUUUAAGCUUCAUAAAAUGGAUUCUUUGAGAGAAACCAAUAAGAUGUUGGAAUAAAUAAAUCAAGACACUGAAAACCACUUUUCCAGUUCAUCACUGUUUGGCGCAUUUAUGGAUUCUUUGGCACUUAAUGGUGUUGCUUGCCAUGUGUACACUCACUAUGAUUUAACACUGUGUUGCUAUGUUAAAGCAUUUGAUUGGAUUUUGUUAACGCGCAGCUCGUAUUGCGACACAUUACCAAUGUGGUAGCUUUAAUAUUUCAUGGUCAUGCAUGAAGACAACAUUCAGCCUUUCCAUGUUGAGAUUUGGGGUGGCUCUUAGACAUCCACAAUCCACAGCGCAAAUUACACUUUCUUGACCAUCUGUGCAUUUAAAAACGUUUAAGUUUUGGGGCGGGGUGAUUUUAGAGCACAGCAAGUGGAACGGGGGGAGCUGUGGAUACGUUAUUUUUAGUUUUGGAUGUGGUAGUUGUAGAUAGGAUUUACAGGAGAGACGAUGUGGACAAAAAUCAAAGAUGUUGUGUCCAACUCUCUCCAUCUGUUUCUUGUUAAAACUUGAGUUCAUUUUAAUUAGUUCUGGACUCACAAAGUAAUUUUAUCACAAAGUUAACACUGUAUGCUGACGACACUGUUUUGUGUUUGUUAAAUGGACGGGUGGGGGGUGGGGUGGGGAACUGAUUAGGUAAAUGUUUCACGGUCUGGUGUCUGAUUUAACUAUUAAUUGACUUGUUAUUGUUGCUUUAUGAAUCACAGAGCAGAUGUCACUUUCAUCUGUAAGACUGAUAUUGUGUGAUUUGUAUUUUCCAGUGAGCACUAUUUCGCUUCAGUGACAUGUGGCAGCUUUGAUUUAAAUCAGACUUCAAAAUAUGUACUUGCCAAUAAAGGAAUAGAACUGAAUAUUGUCUUCUCCCUAAGGCUGAUACGUUAAUAUUUUAUUUGUGAAUAUUAAACUUUUUGCAGAUUGGAAUGCCAGGAGUGUUUUACGUUAUAAAAAUAUUUUUUUGUUCUCCCAAAUUUCCAACAUAAGAAAGUGAAAAAAAUAUAUUUAAGUACGCUUAAUUAUUCCGAAUCUUAGGUGCAUAACAGAACGAUAAGGUUAUUGUACAUAUCAUUUUAUUUUCCAUUAUUCCCAGUGAAGUUUUAAAAAACGUUGACUAUGGUCUUAUCUUACAGUGCAACUGAGGUCGUUUUCUUCCCAUUAAAUUCUUUUGCUAGUGUCCUGUCUCAGGUUCAUGCCUUGCUGACUGAUGUGACUGCAUCUCAGGUAGAAUGCAAAAUUUAGGCCCCACCUAUCAAUAACAUAAAAGCAAGUACAAUACAUCAUUAAAUACAAUUAAGUACAAAACAGAAGUUUAGGUCCCAAAGCAAAAAGGGUGAGAUAUUUUGCUUCUAUGUUGUACAUGUUUUAUGUAUUUUUCUUAAUAUUUGGUGCACUGUAAAAGAUGUGUUAAGUAUUGCUUUGUGUUAACAUAGGUACUAAAGAGUACAAUGUUUAUUGGAAUGAAGCAGGAUCAGAAACUUGUUGUGGCUGUACUUCUGUCAAUUUCAACGCACCACCACCUUUUGAUUCCCAAAAAGUUUUCUUUCACCAGUCAUUCUUUUCAGAUUGAUUAUUUUUGUCUCUCUGCUGUACUUGGGAAAUGUUAAUGUGUAUUAAUGGAGAAGAGGAGUUCCACAUUCCCAUACACAUUUUGUAUUGGUUCAUAAAUAGACAUUUUUACAAAACAAUGAAGAGUUCUUGUCUUAAUAAAAGAGAAAAGAUAUAAAUGUCCAAAAUAA